CUCAAUAUCGGUUGAAAAAAAUUAUGUAAAUUUUUGAGUAGCCAACUUUUUUGAUCAAGUUCAAGCUUAGAAAAUCUGACGCCAUUGAAAUUUUUCUAGCGAGAAAGUUCAACAGAAAGAUGAAGAGUUGAUAUGGUGCUGUUAGUGAAUUUUCAUUAUUUUUAAGACUUCAUUACCAUUUUCACGAUGCCUAGUCGACGUAGUAGUUCUUCCAGCCGAUCUCAUAGUAAAAGUCGAAGUCGUAGUAUUCGUCGUCGUAGUCGUAGUAGUUCAAGUCGUAGCAGAAGUGGUAGUCGUUCAAGGAGUCGUAGCAGAGCACGGACACCGCCUUUCGAUCGAAAUCGACUUCAUAUUAGUGAUAUUGGUUGGGGUAUUUCCAAGCGGGACUUGGAAAAACAGUUUGAGAAAUAUGGACGAUUGGUGGAAGUUUGGCAGUCCAGAACGGUACCAGCUUUUGCAUUCGUUGUGUUUCGUAAGGACGAAGAUGCCGCCGAUGCUUUAAAAGCUACCGAUGGAAUGAAUUUGAAUGGUAGUCGUAUACGCGUUACAUUUGCCAGACCCAGAGCGUAUGAACGUCGUCGUACCGGCCCUAUCUCUAAUUUAAGGUGUUAUAGUUGUAACAGGAAAGGACACUUUUCUCGCGAUUGUCCGGAAUCUAUGUAUGGGUACAAACGACCAUCAUCUAGAUAUUCUCCUCGUAUACUUAGAUCACCUCUAACCAGACGUUACCGAUCACGUGGACGAUCUAGAUCAAAAUCCAGAGACCGUCGUAGGUCUAGAAGUCGAUCGCGCUCUUUCCGUCGAUCGAUUUCGCGAGAAAAGCGACGUAGUAGGAGAUCGGCAUCCAAAGAAAACCGUCGAUCGAAAUCUCGUUCGCGUGAACCAAAACGUUCCAGAUCGAGAACCACCGAUAUAAGUAAAUCGAAGAAAAAACGUCAUUCUGGUUCCAAAGAUAGAAAUAGAUCACGUUCUAAAACGCCACGAAAACGAUCGCGAUCUGUAUCUAAAAAUGAUAACCACCAGACUGACGCGUCCGUGAAACGUGACGAUAAAUCCAAAUCUCCGAAGAACGAGAAAAACCAUAGUGUAUCGAGGUCCAAGUCCAAGUCCAAGUCAAAAACUAGAUCGCCAUCUGUUCAGAAAAAACCAUCGAAUUCUAGGUCUAGUACCGAAAAAGAGAAUAGCAAAUCGAGAUCGCGAUCCAAGUCUAAAUCGUUCGAUUCUCAACAUGAUAGAGCUUCGAAUCGUGCCUCUAAAAGUAGAUCGAAUUCUAGGAGUUCGAACGAACGCGAUUGAACUUAAACGUUUAGAUCAAUUUUUAUUUGUUUUACUUAAUAUACAUAUUCAAGGUUUUUUCUUUCUAUUACUUUUUUUUUGUUUUCAUUUUUUCUCUUUCAACGAUACAAGUUUUAUUAAAUGAUUGCCUAUUGAAUUGUAUUAGUGGUUGAUGUAUUAAAUGGUUUUGCCAAGUUA